AUGAAAGACCUUUACUUCCUGCUACGACGACGCACCAUGAUCCGCGAGAAGCAGAUUGCGACAUCGGUGCUUAGCAUGGACCCCAAGCCACCCGCCCGCGACCGGCGGCGCUCGACAGAAAUGGCCUUCCUCAGCUUGGAGGCGAUCCACCGCGCCCAACUGGCCGCCAUGGCUGCGAAGGGCGACCGGCGGGGAGCGGCAACGGCUUCGGCUUCGGCCGCCCAGCGAGCCCAGCAGACCCAACGAAGUCAGGGAGGCGUCACCCAGCAGCAGCAACCCGGCGGCCUGCCAGCCCCCCUCAGCGUCAUCAUCGCCCGGCAGCAGCAGCAGCAGCAGCAGCAGGUUCAAACGUCGGCCCCGACCCCCACGGGAAAGAUUGCGGUGAGGGCUUCGGGACCCACACUAAUCAGCCUGAGGAUUAGGGUAGGGUGGACUGGGGGAUUCGGACUGGAAAACGAAGUCGCCGCCGGCCCGCGGCCACCUUCGGCCCCCGGCUACCGUACAGCCGUGGACCUGCGCAAUGGUCAGUUUGGCCUCGGUGCCGACGUGGCGGAGGCGGAGGAGGAGGCGGAGGCCGCGGCGGCGGCGGCGGCGGCGGCGCCAACACUGCCGCCGAUGGCGGGGCUGCCGCCGCCGAUGACACGCAGCUACUCUCGCGGCGCUGGCCUUGUCCGGGGACCCUCUCCGGUGCCGUAUAAUGACGGCAACGACCUGACCGAUUUGCCGGAGGAGCCCUUGGAGGCGACGGCGGCCGCGGCAGAGCAGCGCCUGGGUUUCGCGCCGCCGUCGUCUCUGCGGCGGUUGCCGCCGCCGCCGCCACGUCGAUCCAACCCGGCUAUGGGGCCCCCUGGAGGUCCUAGGAGAAUUCAGCGGCAGCCUAGUUAUGAAGAGCCAGUGGGCGAGAUUGCUGACGUGGAGGAGGAGUACGGCUUGGGUGCCGAGACGGUUUCAGGAGGACCCAGGGUUCUCCCGGCCGCGCGGCAGUUGGCGGAAAUGGCGUCCGGUGGCGGCGCGUCGUCGGAUCUGGGCUCCUUCAGCUUCGCGGCGCGAGAUGCGCUCCAGGGAGCGCGAGGGGGAGGGACGUCCCAGAAACUGAGACGUGGUUCACAAGCUGAUGAAGUUACCGGGAUUUCUGGUCCAGAGCCCAGCUUCAGCUAUGCCGUUAGCGAGCUUCCGUUCUCUGCAUCAGCAUCGCCAUCGGUGGUCUCGACGGCCAAGCACGAUCAGCUUGCAGCAACAAACGGGUGUUCAUCUUAUACGCGCUAUGCCUGGCUGCGGCCGGGUGUUCGGCGUUUCCUGCUUGCGGUCAAUCCUCAUUUAAAGACGGUGCUGCUCGUGCGCAGCCGGUGCAGCAGCCGUCAGUGUAGCUGUUGCCUCGGCUCAGGUCGCAGGGCCAGCGUUGCCGGCGAUCAUUGCAUCAGCAUUAGCAGCACAUGCAGAGAGGGUGACAGCAGCGGCCGGGGCAACUGGGAGCGCGGAGUGGUAGGCGGGUGCGGGGCGGCGCUGCUCGCCGCUGCGUUGCCGCACCUCGACCCGGAUGGCCAAUUCUUUAGUGAAAGGUUCAUGCUGCUGUUCCAAGACCAGGCCCGUCCGCGAACAGCACACCCGAAACUGAGCCGUGCUUCCUGUCCUGUCGACACAUACUCACCACGAACGACACCACGUCCCAUGACCGCAGCUGUGCCUGCGAAAGUCGCGAAAGUCGCGGUGGCACAAAGCGCACAAAGCAGCAGUAACGCAUUCCUGGCGCCGCGAUGUGCCGCCUGCGACCUCGGCGCGCUGCCAGCCGCGCUUGGCGAGCGGCCAUCUUCCAUCCUCGUCGUCACGACAGCGGAUCGGGCCGUGUUUGGCGGUCUUUCGGAACAGGUCGUACAAUGCCAGCCGUACCGCAAAGAGUACGGCAAGUACGAUGACGUAUUAGACUGCUUGGAGUCAGUGGUUUCGGGGCUAAUUGAAGAGCCGUCCGUAUCUGAAGGAAUUCGACGAAUGGGUCUUCUACAUUCGAAGCUGCAGCCUAGCCCCAUGAUGCAGGCACUCCAUGCACAGGCGGCGCUACGACGGGCACAACAGCUGCAACAACAAGAACAGCUGCUACGGCAGCCGCAGCCACGGCAGCAACCAUCACCGCAGCACCACCAGCAACACCAGCAACACCAGCAACACCAGCAGCAGCUCACAGCGCAAGGCCAGCAAGAUCAACAGAGGUCGGGAGGCCGCCAAACUCCGCAGGCGGCGCUGCGGACAGGCUGCUCUCCCAAACACAGCCGACAGCUACAUUCGCCGACUUCCCCCCUGCCCCCCAUUCCGGAGCUGCCGCUUUUGGAGGUCGGCGCGGACUGGCCGGGAUCAGACGCGGAAGGCGCGGAGGCCCACUAUCCCACUGCGCCUGUGCUAGGCGGGGGCUCUGCCACCACAUCAUCCUCCUCCAACUGCGUCCCCGACAGCAUCCAAACUCACCAAACUCACCAACCAGUCCAGCAACCCCAGGAAUUAACAACUUCAGAGGCCUCAGAGGCUCACCGCGGCGGCGGCGGCGGCGGCGGGGUCUUUGGACGCCGCUCUCGCGGCAGUUGCAGCAGCGCCAGCGGCGGCGGCGGCGGCAGCGAGUUUGAUUGGCGGCCCAGCAGUUUUCCGGCGGCAACGAAGCCGCACGUCACGCGUCACAUCUCCGAUUGCGCGUCACAGUCGUCGUCAUCGUCGGUGGCUGCAGCGGCGGCGGCGGCGGCAGUGGGCCUGGACACCGAUACGCCAGUGGCGCCAGCAACGGCGCCAGCAUCGGCAUUGAGCGUCGCCGCCAGUGCCGUGGCCACAGCAACCUCCCGACUGUUUUCUCGCAUCCUCGGUGCCCGCCGCCGCCGGCGCUGCCGGCCAUCGGAUGCCGGGGACGACAGCAGCAUCCGCGGGGGUGUCACAGCCGCCGCCGCUCGUGCAUCACGCGCAUGGAGCAUCACCGGCGAUGAGGGCUCUUUUCUCGCGACCGUUGCGGCGCGGCAGCGCCUUUCCGCCUCCACAACGGCCGCGGAGGUACCGCUCAUGAUGCUGGCCAGCGGAAGGCCUGCACGGCGCCCAGCGGCGCCGCUGCCGUCGCCGUCCCCGUUGCAGCCGCAACCGCCGCCGCCGCCGCCGCCGCGCUUUUCCGACCACCUCUCCACGCAUGCCCCGGCAAUCUGCAUUGCAUCCGUCAAUGACAAUGCCUCCAACGUUGCAUCACCGCCAGGGCCAAUUACAGACGCAGAACCCCCUCCGCUUUCAGCAGCCUGGACAGUCCCUGCCGUCACCCGCUCCGCCGUCGCACAGGCACCUGCCCCAUCACCUUUGAAGCCGCAGAUGCCGCCGCCGUGGGCGCUUCCUCCCAACGGCGAUUCUGAUUCCAGCUGCCGCCGGCCGUCGGCAUCAUCGUCGUCAUCUGCAGCAACGCCGGCGCAGGUAACCGCCGCCGCCGCCGCCGCCGCUGCAGAGGUUGGGGACCUCCCGGGCACGGCUCUGGAGGAUUCAACCGAGUACAGUCUGCCGCUGCUGCUGCACCCACAACAAGAGGAGGAUGAGCAACAGCUGCCCACACCAUCGCUCCAGAGAGCUUCGUAUCGCGGCGGGGGCGGCGGCGGGGGCGGCGGGGGCGGGGGCUAUCUGGCCCCCCCAAAAGGCAGUCCUACUAUCGGGGACUCGGCAGCGGCUUCAUCUCUUCUCCCCUUCAGCCCUAUGUCGCCGGCAAUAUUGGGCUCGGAAGCUGGCGGAAAUGGUGGUGCUGGGAGGGCAGAGGGGUCCCGGGGGGUAAUUGGCGUUGGCGUUGUUGAUUUGGGGCGAUGUGGGUGCUGA